AUGCCGCUCGAGAUCCACCCUCUCCGCACCAUAGAUUCAUUGUCGUGGAACCGCACACGUGCACUUGCAUACUAUGGGCCAACACACGAUUUACUCCAUAAUGGCCCUGUGAGCGAAACGUCCAUACGCGGACUAGCUCGGGACCGCGAGCGUGAGAUAGGCAACCCCAACGUCUGGCAUUGGAAGAUCGUCGACACAGAACUCGCUCCAAGCGAGGACGACCCCAAGGACAACGGCGGUCGGACCAUCUCAAUCGCAGUGUGGAAGCUCAUGAACAAAGAAGCGCCCACUGAGCACGCAUCUGUCCCCGCUGAGAUCAUGCGAACUUCGGAUAGCUCGUUUCUCCCUCCUGAAUUGCGCCUUGACGCUCUAAUGUCUCUUUUUGACCCGCUCGAUGCAGCACGCGACGAGAUCAUGGGCACAGAAAAGCCCUAUUUCAUGCUGAACAGCUUAGCCACGCACCCUGAUCAUCAUCGACGUGGAGCUGCAAAGCUGCUGCUAGAUUGGGGGAUAAAGAAGGCUGACGAUGAGGGCUUGGUCCUCUAUCUGGACGCUACUGAGCUGGCUAGGCCGAUAUAUGCAAAGAGGGGCUUCGAAUUGAAGAGAACUGUAGAGUGGGACAGGAAAGUGUGGGGAGGGGAAGGAGUAGAUGUGCACUAUUGUAUGGUUAGGCUCCCACACAGUGGGCAAAAGAAAUGA